AUGGCAUCGCGUGAUGGGAGAACGUUUGGACAUAUCAGUGGCGUGGAGGUUGGCACAAAUUUCAACUCAAAAGCUGCAUUAGCCGACGCAGGCGUACAUAAACUACAACAAUCUGGCAUACAUGGGGAUAAAGAGCUUGGCGCAUUUUCCAUAUGCUUGUCCAAAGGGUAUGAGGAUAAUGUCGACAGGGGAAAUAUCAUGCACGUCCGUUUCCUGCCUAGCCGUCCCAAUACUGAUAUAACUUUUAUUAUGUUCAGUACGUAUGUUGGCUCAGGUGGACAAGAUGAGGAUGGAAAACAAAUAAGUGACCAAGACCCCGAUUCUGGAGUGAAUAAAGCCAUGUUUCUCUCCUCUGAAACCAGGCGACCAGUGCGAGUCGUACGCGGAGCGAAUGACGACAACGCUUAUUCUCCACGUCGGGGUUUUCGUUACGACGGGCUGUAUGUCGUCGAUGAGGCCAAGAUGAUGGACGGAAAGAAAGGAUUUCAGAUGUGCACCUUUAAGCUGAAGCGAAUUGAUGAGGAAGGCCAGAAGCCGAUACCAAUAAGGCGCACCCUCACCCUCGGCAAACUGGCAAAAAUGAGGAAGAAUACUCGUACCGGAUAA